CUUCAUAUCAGUCUGAAACGAGCGGUGAUGAAAACAAGUUACAAGGUGACUCAUUUCGUCUCUUGCUAAAUCUAUUUUUCAUAGUCAGCUAAAGCGAUUGGCAAGAGGCAUAAAAAACCCAAAAUUUUUGAGCAAGGGUUUGACAUUCUUUCUCUCUUGUUCUCAAAUCACAAGAUAUUAUAAUGGUUGCUCCUAAAGGAAAAGUUUUGCUCGCCUACUCUGGAGGUCUGGAUACCUCUUGCAUCCUCGUCUGGUUGAUCGAACAAGGAUAUGAAGUCAUGGCUUACCUUGCUGACGUUGGUCAGGAAGAGGAUUUUGAAGCCGCCCGUGAAAAGGCUCUCAAGAUUGGUGCCACCAAGGUCUUUAUUGAGGAUUUGAAGAAGGAGUUCGUCCAAGAACUGAUCUUCCCCGCCAUCCAAGCCAACGCCGUUUACGAAACCAACUACCUCUUGGGUACUUCUCUCGCUCGCCCUGUCAUUGCCCGCAAGCAAAUUGAGAUUGCUGACCGCGAAGGCUGCCAGUUCGUCUCCCACGGAUGCACUGGUAAGGGUAACGAUCAAGUUCGUUUCGAGUUGGCUUUCUAUGCCCUCAAGCACGAUAUUAAGGUUAUUGCCCCCUGGCGUAUUCCUGAAUUCUUUGAGCGUUUCGCUGGCCGUCGUGAUCUCUUGGCCUACGCCGCUGAGAAGGGCGUCCCUGUCGUUCAGACCGCCGCCAAGCCCUGGUCCACUGACGAAAACUUGUUCCACAUCUCAUAUGAGGCUGGUAUCCUCGAGGACCCUAACACCACUCCUCCCAAGGAUAUGUGGAAGUUGACCGUCGACCCCGAAGAUGCUCCCAACACCCCCGAACGCAUCACCAUCACCUUUGAGAAGGGUAUCCCUGUCAAGGUUGUCAACCACAAUGAUAACACCACCGUCACUGAGCCCGUCGAACUCUUCACUUACCUCAACACCGUUGCUCGUCGUAACGGUAUUGGCCGUAUUGACAUUGUCGAGUCCCGAUUCAUUGGCGUCAAGUCGCGUGGUUGCUACGAAACCCCUGGUGGCACCAUCCUCCGUGCUGCCCACAUUGAUUUGGAAGGUUUGACUUUGGAUGGUCAGCUCCGUGCUCUUCGCGACCAAAACAUCACCUUCCCUUUCGGUCGUAUCCUCUACAACGGUCAAUACUUUUCUCCUGAGCGUGAAUUCUUGACCCACUCCCUCGCUUUCACCCAGCGUAACGUCAAUGGUGAUGUCAAAUUGAAGCUCUACAAGGGUAACACCAUCGUUGAAGGUCGUAUUGCUCGUGGUGACGGUGCCAAGUUGUAUGACGAAAAGGAAUCUUCCAUGGACGAGCAUGGUGGUUACAAUCCCCAGGAUGCUGACGGCUUUAUCAAGAUUCACUCCAUUCGUCUCAACAAGUGGACCCCCGCUGACCAAUAGACUCAUGUUAUCCCACUCUUUACAUGCCCGAAGCCAUAAGCUUCACUCUUUUUUCUCAAAAAAGAGACCCAAAAAGAAAAUAUGCACUUUGUAAAUAGUUUGCCACUCUAGUUCACCCUUACAGCUUGAAUUCCUAAAAUAGCUGCACAUUUCUGAAUACACUUUGGAGAAGCAUUUUUUUAGACGACCUG